GUUCAGUGGACCGUUUAACGUUGUUUCUUUUCUUCAGAAAGUAAAUCCAAAACAUUAGCUAGCUAGAUGGUUGGCUUGUUCUUACAGUUACACCCAUUCUUGGCGUUAGACGACUAAGUUACCCUGGUUUCUUUAUUUAGUUUACUGCUGCAUCCUUUUUGUUAGUAGCGUUAGCAGCUAGCAUACAUAACCCAUAACCCUCAGAAGUGGGUGGAUGUUAGGCAGCGCGGCGUCUGCAGCAUAAUUAAAACAUGGCGGACUCGGAGGAAUUUAGACUUAAACGAUUAAAGCAUGAGGAGCGCCUGUCCAGAGUGUUUGACGAAGUGAUGGGGCUUGGAGACUUUGCUGACUCCUCCAGGAGCUCUUUCAUCUCUUCUCCAAGUGGAGGUCAAGAUGAAACAAAGGGAGUAGACAAAACUUCAGGACAAGGGGAAAACCAACCGGUAGAAGAAGAAGAUAGCAACAGCAGCAGACCAGAAGAAAAGAUGGAGGAGGGGACGGGAGAGUCGUCUUUUCCUCGCAUUUCCUCCCCUUCCUCUGUCCGAAACUCCUCGUUUACCGUGGGAACCAACGAAGGAGGAGGUGGAGGAAGUGGAGGGGCAGCAUUUGAUGACGCACUGGAUGGCCUUCCUUCGUAUGGGCCAGAAGAAGAAGAAGAGGAGGAAGACUGGCACUUUGCCUUGCAAAUGGGCACCCUGGAGGAUGUUAAUGUGGGCAAGACAAACCCAGAAAGAGGCCAACCAGGAGUAAAGAACAACGUAACUGAAGACGAAGCCUUUGCUCCUCAGCCCAGAGAGGAGCAAGAGAGGGAAGGGAGCAGUGCGUCUGCUAACACCUCCCACUCCUCCCAGGACCAUACACCUGACAACAGCCGAGAUGGAGGCGUCCUGAACCAGACAGAUGAGACAGAAGAUAGCCAGCAGGGAGAGAGGUCAGAUGCAGCUCCAAUGGCGGACAGUAACCCCCCAAUGUCUCCUAGUAUCAAUAUUAAAGAUGAGCCCAUUGAUGAGGGCUACGACGCUGCUUUACUGCCUCAGAGCUCCAUCAGACAAAUCAAAGAGGAGCUGGAGCAUCAGGAGGAGGAGCUGAGGAUCAGCUCUGUCUACUCUGUAGGUGGAGGGAACACCUUUGCAUCUCCUACCGUGCCAGCUGCAGUUCCAGCUCCUACUCCAACGGCCAUUUUUAUCCCAGGUAGAGGACAGCAUGUCCUACAAGCUAUAGCUCCCCUCCCUCUCAGACCACCAGCUCCAAUCCCCAGUUCACUACCAGCUCUGGUACCAGCACCCCCACGCCCUCCUCCACCCUCCGUUCCUGGUAGCGUUCGCUGCAGUGGCUGCUCUAAGGUUCUUCUGAAAGGCCAAACAGCAUUCCAAAGAAAAGGUUCGACACAGCUGUUCUGCUCCACAGUCUGUCUGACUGGUCAUCUGCCUCCAGCUAACAAGAACCGAUCCUGUUUUCAGUGCAACAGGGAGAUUCUUCAGCCUAGGGACAUGAUCACGAUUCCAUCAGACGGCAACACCUACUUUUACUUCUGUGGCCAGUUCUGUUUGUCUGUCUUUAGACACAAGAAGAAAACUGUUGACAAGGUUCCUGAUAAAUGGCCUGACAAACGAGUGGAGAAGAAACCUGAGAAGCCGCCUGAGAAACCAGCUGAACGUCCACCUGAAAAACCCUUCUGCAGCGUCUGCAGAGUCUCCAAUAGGCAGAUUGAGCAUGAGGUCACCCAUCAGGGCCGUCUGCACAGACUCUGUAGUAAUGCUUGUUUUGUAACAUGGCGCAAGAUGCGGCAGUUAGCCAUGAACUGCUGUGAAGGCUGCGGACUUUACUGUAGUAGCAGCUCAGGCUCCUGUCAGACGCUCACAAUUGAAAGAACUCAGCUCAACUUCUGUGGUCCGACCUGUAUUGGCACCUACAAACAGACCUGCAGAAAGACGGUUACAUGUGCCUACUGUCACAAAAUGGCUGUAGUGUCUUCCACCCUUAUCGAAAGAGACCAAAGGGGCAAAGUUCAGCUAUACUGUUCAUCUGCUUGUGUGGAACAGAGUCGACCACCCCCACACAUUCUCACAGGUGCUGCAUUCCCCUGCUGCCAGUGCAGGGUGUCCGCGGUUCCUCAGUAUCAUCUGGCCAUGGUGGACGGCACCAUUCGGAACUUCUGCUCCUAUGACUGUGUUUCUAUAUACAGGAAGUCCGGGGACACCUCUCAGCCAGACCUGACCAAUGGAACUUCUGUUCUCAGAGACUCCUCCCUCAGAGAUGCCCCCAAAGCAAGCUCAGUCCCUCCCAUCCCUCAGGACUACCCAUCUUCAGUGCCCUACCCGGGCCACCAUCCCAGUCAUACCUCAGUGCCCCCACUGGUGCCCCACUACCCAACUAUGUCCUCCCCCUCUGUCCCUGGGCAAGCCCAGGCCAGAGCACCUGCUGAUCACCCCUUGAAACCAGCAGAAGGCGGGCCCAGUGACCCCUCCAAGCUGAACUGCCAUCAGUGCAGCAAACAAUUCAAUACAAAGCCACUGCUAUUCAGUAACCAAGGUCGUAUUUCUAUGUUCUGCAGUAGGACUUGCUGUGAUCAGUAUAAAACCCAGAAGAAUAUCCUGAUGGUGUGUGAGUUCUGUAAACAGGAGAAAGUGCCCUUUGACAUUAUCAGUUACAACCAACAGGACCUGAUCUUCUGCAGUGAGAACUGUAAGCUUCUCUUCAAACAUGAUAUAACAUCUCGUAACAAGGAUCAUCCCUGGCGACCCUGCACCUACUGCUCCGGCAUCGGCCAGAAGAUGCUGCACAGUCACUAUGGAGGCAAGAUGGAGGAGUUCUGUAAACCCCACUGCAUGUCCCAGUACACUGUGCUCUACUAUGGGAUGGGUCGAUGUGACAGCUGUAGGAAACAAAGCUAUAUGACUGAGAAGCUGCAAUGUCUGGGUUCAGUCCGUAAUUUCUGCAACCUGCCCUGCCUGUUGCAGUACUGCCACCUGCAUUUUGAGACAAGCCAACACACCAGCAGUAACGGUACUGGAGUGGCCCCACAAGCACCAUAUGCGCCAACCCAGCCCCACCACUCCUCAAAAAUGAAUCCUGUCAUAGCUGGUGUCGUGUCACUGGCCAAUGGCUCUGCCACUCAGCCCAGUGUGUCAGCAGAUACUGCUCUUACUGGAGCACUUCCAACCUCCAACGUUGACGGCAAGAACCUAGACCAUGCCAGUACUCAGACUGAUGCCAUGGGAGUGCCUGUGUCCCGUCGACGUCAAAUGAAGAACAAGUCGGUUCUGUGUCGGCCCUUCACUAUGGACCAAGAGAGCAUGUGCCAGCUGCCUGCACCUUCCACUCAUUUAGCAGCUCCGUCUCUGUUUUCAGUUAGUUCCCCUGCAGGAGAGGUGAAGGUGUUGAUGGUGCCGGUCCCAGUACCGAUCUUCAUUCCAGUGCCUAUGAACAUGUACUCCCAGCACACACCUGUUCCGAUGGCCAUGCCUGUGCCUAUUCCAGUACCUAUGGUAGUACCACCACAGAAAAAGGACAUGAAAGAUGCAGCGGUCCAGUCAGAACCUUUGGCUGUGGAGGAAUAUAGGCCUGUUUACAGUGCAGACCAGAGCAGAUCUUACAGUGGAGAUAUGAAGUCAGAGGUUGUCACUCCCAUAACACGUGAAGAUCAGGAGACACAAAAAGCAGUACAAGCCAACCUGCCACUUACUGUAAGUUCAGAAAGGAGCCCAGAGUCGACUGCUCCUCAACUUAAUACCCAGCCAGAGAGAAGCCCAGAGUCGACUGCUCCUCAACUUAAUACCCAGCCAGAGAGGAGCCCAGAGUCAACUGUUCCUCAACUUAAUACCCAGCCAGAGAGGAGCCCAGAGUCAACUGUUCCUCAACUUAAUACCCAGCCAGAGAGGAGCCCGGAGUCAACUGCUCCUCAACUUAAUAUCCAGCUAGAGAGGAGCCCAGAGUCAACUGCUCCUCAACUUAAUACCCAGCCAGAGAGGAGCACUGAGUCGACUGAUCCCCAACUUAAUACCCAACCAGAGAGGAUCCCAGAAUCGACUGAUCCCCAACUUAAUACCCAGCCAGAGGGGACCACGAAAACAAGCGACACACCUACCACCAGUGCUGAGCAUCAACCCCCCUCCUCUCCAAUGAUGGACUUGGAGACUGACAUCCCGUCUGAAUCGUUGGAUCAGACAUCAGCUGCUCCACAGCGAGGAGUGAAGAGACCCAGAGAAGGUUUCUCUGGCCGGAAACGGGGUCGAAGGCGAACUGUUUCGUCAAACCGCAGUGCAGUGGUGACUCCAGCCCCCUCUACACUGAACCACCUGUAUGGAGUUAAAGCCUGGAAGAGCUGGGUCCAACAACGAAACAAGCACCAGAAAGAAUCCAAUCCAGUGGCUAUUAAAGAAGACAUCCUUCAGUGUGACUCUGCUGAGCUCAGCUAUGCUCUGUCUUGCUUCAUCAUAGAAGUGAGACGGCCCAAUGGAGAGACCUACAGCCCAGACAGCAUCUUCUACCUCUGUCUAGGGAUACAGCAGUAUCUGUUCAUGGAGGGCCGCAUAGAAAACAUCUUUAAUGACCCGUUGUACAGUCAGUUUGCCACUAAGAUCAGUGGGAUGCUGCACCUCUGGAAACCUAAACUACUACCUAAUGGUGGUACCGUUUCCCCCCGUAUUUUGGAGUCCUACUUAUGGGAGUGUAAGCAGCUGGGUGCCUACUCCCCCAUAGUGCUGCUCAACACACUGCUCUUUUUCUGCACAAAGAACUUCCGCUUCACCACGCUGGCGCAGCAUCAAAGCCUCUCCUUCACCAACUUCACUCGACACUCCAAACCCUGCAGCCGAGCCGGCAAAGUCCACUACCUCCGAUACCAGAGAAGCAGCAAUGCCACACCCCACACAGAGCGAUGCAGAAAAAGGCAGGGAGAGGAAGAGGGAGACCUAGAGAUGUCUGAAAAUAUCGCCAAUCCUCUACAUUGUCCCGUCAGACUCUAUGAGUUCUACCUUUCCAGAUGCCCGGAGUCGGUUAAGAGCAGGUCCGACCUGUUUUUUCUGCAGCCUGAACAGUUUGUGCACCCUCAAAGUUCCCACUGGUAUACCUUUCAACCGUUAGAGGGCGCCACUCUACAAAGCAUGCUCACACGCAUCCUGGCCGUCAGAGAGGUUCACCAGGAACAUGAAGCAGCCCAACAUCGGUCCCCAGCCACCGCUGAUAAUGACAGUUUACAGUGAUAUGGAGCUCUGCUUAUUCACACCCUGCUUAUGAUCUUCUCUGCAACAGAAACCUGCGCUGAUGCUUAACAGUUUACAGUGAAUUGCAGCUGUAGGUACGGCCAUCAGUCAUUCAGACAAAGGUUGACAGGUCUUUGAGAAAGGAAGAGCGAACAAAGACACAAUGAAAGGACCCACUGUCACAAAGAGACAAACUUAAAGAAUGUUACUAAAAAGUGUGGGAUCAUUGUAUUUUAGUAACCUCAGUAGUUCCCCACACAAACGCACAAUGAGUUUACAAACAUCUAAUACUCUAAAAUAUGAAAAGGGGAGUACAUUGUUGUUUUCUCAUCGUGUCACACCACAGUGACGUUUAUCAUUUCUCUCACACUCACAUGUGGUUUGUUUACUAUCAGUAAUGGUCCAUGCCAAGCCUUUCAAAUAAACUUUUUAUUCCAAAAAACAGUUCUGCAAUACUAAACUGGUAUGAGCAGCAAACUGAGAACAGUCGGUGCUGAUGUGGUUGACAAGAGUUUACAUCCAUUAAGCACGGUCACAUCUGUUUAAGGGGUUUAAAUGAGUAUUUACUUGUACAGUAUACAUUUUAAAGUUGGAUACUGGUUUUUAAAGCAACACGCGUUUAUUUGUUUGCAAUUUUUCGCCCCUACAGUUUCAGAGUUUAAUUCACUUCUAUACUGCUGUCAUAACAUGGUCAGCUGUACAUGUGCAUUUGUUAUGAUUACAUAACUUUGAAAAGAAACUUUAAUCUUAUUCAUCACAUACAAGUUGACAGUACAGUGUAGUUAAAUUUUAUUAGUGCAUUAAACCCAUUCUAAGUAUUAGGAGGAGUGGACAGCUAUACAUCAUCAGCAUCUGGGAAACAACUUGGAAUUCAGUGUCUUGCACCAGGACACUUUGAUAGUGGUGACCCACUAACACUGACUCACACAGCCCAUGAUCAAAAACAAGCAAGUCGACAACUUUGCUAAUAUUAAAUACUAGUCCAACAGCAAGGGGGCCCGCUCGGUUCUGUUGCCCGCCAGCGUCCCAGUCCUGGCAGCACGGCUAACCAAGUAAAAAUAGCUAGCUGAUGGCAGCUACAAUUAGCUGCUCUUAGCAUUUAGCCUUAAUUUGGCAACAAGUACGUUUUCUGUCCAUCUGGAAACGCCAUAAAUCAGAGUCGAGGCAGAGCAGCCGAAGGAUAUCAGACGGAAAAACCCCAAAACAUUUUAUCCAUAAAAUAUGAUCCAGUUUCACCAAAAUCGGUGGUAGUGCCAUGAAGCUUGCAACAUUCCCUAAGUCAGUGUAGCAUAAAAAUGAUUUUGGAUCUGUUAUUUUAAGGUAAAUAGUUGUGCAAUGUUGCUUUGAUGAAUUGUUUUUAAAAUUCAAUAUCUGGAAACAAAGACAUCCUGAGCAGGUUUUGUAAUUUUAUUAUUUAUACAUAGCUGAAUAAAACUUUUUAAAAAAAGAAAAAAAUCCCCUUAUUUCAGGUGAAGCACUUCCCACAGACAUCCAGUGUAGUUUUGAUAAAUUAAACAUUAAAUGUAGUUUACCAAACUGCAUCACAGUCAUCACAUUGGCGGUGGAUGACAUUGACUGGUUGACAUCUAGCAUUUAUUUAAAAAGCUGUAUAUCAGUGUAAGCUUUCUUGUAAUAAUAGAGGACACUUGCAGUGCCUCUCAUCCCUUGUUUUAUUAUUUUUAUAUAGUUAUCUGAUAUUAUGUUGUUCCUGUUUUUUAGUCUUUGUUCCCAACCAUUUUCCUUUCUCCACUUAUUUCUCUCCAGUGUUCCCUUACAUACCUUCACUUAUUCCCUCUGGAGGUGAAGUGGGGGAGUGGCUCAUCACAACCCACAUCCAUUUUAAUGCAGUUCAUAUAAUCUACUACUCUCCAAAUCAUGAAGCUGAGCUUCAUUCACAGACCACCAGAAUUAUGAAUGGGAUUGUUACAAUUAUAGUUACAAUAGGACAUCUACUCUCUGUAUGCAUUACCUGUAUGCAUUCCUGUCCCCUUUCCUUGUUCUAACCCUGCCAAUAUCUUUACUCCUCUUAUUGUUGUUAUCUUAAUUUGCCUUUCCCUAAUUUGAAAAAUGGAUUUGGGAGAAUUUGGAUGAGCAGCAGACAAGUCAAAGUACUAGCAAUAAUUGUUUGUUUUCAAUGCUUUCCCUAACCCUUGAGGUAUUAUAACUAAUAGUGUGUACGGUUUGUGGUAUAGUAUGUUUAUUAUUUUAAAUUAUUUUAAACAUACUGUAACACAAUGUCUCCGCUGCUGGUGCAAAGGAAAUAUUACUGUUGUAAUAUUAUCACCGCUGUCCGAAGCUCCCGUCUGAUGAUUGUUAAGUAAGAACAGGUCAAAAGAGAGUCAGAUGUUUUAUUGUCACACACAAAAUGCUGUAUUUCCAUUAGGUAUUAACAAUUAUUCUUUUCUUUCCUUUCCUUGAUUGCAAGGCAAAGCAUUUAUUACGAAAGCAUGAUAAAAAUGAAAUGUGAUUUUGAGGGUGUAAUUGAAGUUUGUGCAGUUUUAAAACUGAUUCAUAAAAUGUGCAAGGGUCUUUGGUGUGUAUGUGUUUGACUGUGUUCAAGAUCAGUAUCUUUCUCGCUUCAUGGUAACGUAUCAGUUAUGUAUAUAAUCAGGGAUGGGGGAAAUUAGGCCAUUAUUAGAUUUUUUCAUUUUUAAUAUGUUAAAGUCCUAUUCUUGUGUGGUCUCCCAGUCUCCCUAAUAGGUAGCAGCGUCUUAAAAAGUGGUUUCAGAGACGUAGUCUAGCUAAGGACUACAUUUCUCAUCUGCUGAACACUGCUGAUAAUGUAUUUCAUUACAAGAGCUGCAAAGAUUGUCAACUAAUAAAUUAAUCAGCAGCUAUUUU